UUGUGUGUUGGUGCAGCUGGAAGCAAACACAACAUCAUUUAUGAUGAUGGCCAGCAGAAUCUUGACGAAGGUCAAUGGCGUCUCUAAGGGCUUUUUUUGUCGUCCUCAAAAUCCCCUGAAGGAUAGCACGUCCAUGAUCUACAGCAAACCUCCCAGAAAUCAGAUCGGAGCCUUGCAAAGUUUUUUUGUGAUGUCUGUGUUUGCGGUGGCCAUGUUGGCCCCGGCGGCCUGGAUUCUCCACCAUCUGCCAGAGUAUCGCCAGAGGUCUCGCCAGAAACCCAGAACCUGAACCUGUGUGCCCUUCUUUCUUUCCGCCCAUCAAAACACCAAGACUAUUCCUACAUUAUUCCAAUAAAUGCAAAACAAACAAUUGUUA